UCGCGUCCAGAGUCGCAUCGAGCUCCGGGCCAGCCCUUUCCGUACAGCAACAUGGCCGCUCCCAUGUUUAAAGGAGGAGAAGGAUCUCUCUAGUCUUUGCUGGGGACUGCGUGUUCGGUUUUUAAUCCAGAUUCGUUGUACGGAGAUACUGAUUGCCGGGGAGAAUUUAGAAGAGGAUUGUCAGCUUUUCUGGCGUGGAGAGAGAACGGGAGAUCUGGUGGAUAAGAAGAUCCAAAGAUGAACAGAGUUACUACAUACUUGUGAAAGUGUCUCUAACACAAGCUAUUUUGGAAUUACAGUUUUGUUCCUCAUUUCAAAGUCUUUCAUGAAAAGAGACUAUGUCUGUUGUGCACCAGCUAUCAUCUGGAUGGCUGCUGGAUCAUCUUGCCUUCAUCAAUAACAUUGAUUACCAACUCUGCCAGCAUGAACCAACUUCCGGUAAUACUGUACACAUUUCAUCUCCUCGCUGUGGUUCUUCUAAUGCAACUUCUACAUCAUCUAUUGAACUUUCUGCUAAAUCGAUGACCUCUGAGCCUGCCACAAAACCAGGGAUUAAUGAAAGAAAAAGGAAUGAAGCAUUAUUGCAAAAAUACACAUUUAGAACUGAACUGUUUCAUGUUACUAAACCCUAUGUAACAAUGGCUGAUUGCAUGGAAUUUCAGCAAGGAAAUAAAAUAGAGGCUCAACAAGAUGGCAGUAUCAAGCUUGAGAAGCAAAAACAUAUUAAAGGCAAAGAUUCUAUUUCUGCUGUUAGGAAGAAAGGUAAAAGAGUUAUUCCCUUCAAUCAAGGUGAAUUGGAUGCUAUGGAAUACCAUACAAAAAUCAGGGGACUGAUUUUGGAUGGUACCACACAGUUAGUCCAAGAAGGCCUGAAAAGUGGUUUUCUUUACUCAGUUUCAGAAAAACUGGACAAUGGUAACAAGGCUAUUACUAUGGGACUUGAUAACUGUGGUUUGGCUGAACUAUGUGACAUGGCUAAACAAUUGUCUUUGGUGAAUGAAAAUGAACUUGAUACAGUACAAUUGAUAGAGGCAGAUAUAUCUGUUCCAGAACAGGAUGUAUUUUCACGAAUUACCCAAAACAGCUCAAACUUUACAAAGAUGAUUAUUCUAAUGGGAGAGAAAUACCUGUUGCCACCAAAAAGCAGCUUCCUUUUAUCUGAUCUUUCUUGUAUGCAACCACUUCUGAAUUAUGGGAAAAAAUAUGAUGUAAUUGUGAUCGAUCCACCAUGGCCGAACAAAUCUGUUAAAAGAAGCAAACGGUACAAUUAUUUAUCUUCUUGGCAAAUAAAACAAAUACCUGUCCCCGAACUGGCUGCUCCAAACUGUCUUGUGGUCACUUGGGUCACCAAUCGACAGAAGCACCUACAGUUUGUAAAAGAUGAGCUUUAUCCCUAUUGGUCUGUGGAAACACUUACUGAAUGGCAUUGGGUGAAAAUCACAAGGUGUGGAGAGUUUGUCUUCCCAUUAGAUUCUCCACACAAAAAGCCUUAUGAAGGUCUGGUCCUGGGGAGAAUUCAAGGAAAAACCGUUUUGCCAUUAAGGAACCCAGAAAUGAAAGUGCUUCCAAUUCCAGACCACAAAUUAAUUGUCAGUGUGCCCUGUACCCUUCAUUCACACAAACCUCCUCUUACAGUCAGUGUCAGGAAUUUUGUGGAAUGUAUCCUACAUGUGCAAUUUUACAAAAUGAAAACUGCUGUGCUUUUUAAAAGAAAAUCAGAUAUUUCUGAAUUACUGAAAAGUUCUAAAAGACUAUAUCAUGCCAGAUGCCGAAUGUUUGGAAUUGUUUGCUCGAAACUUACAGCCGGGAUGGACUAGCUGGGGAAAUGAAGUUCUUAAAUUUCAACAUAUUGAUUAUUUCAUUACUCCAGAGAUUAGAAACUGACCAUAAUCUUCUUGACUAAAGUAAUCGAUCUCUGUGUCUCCCCCAUAUCCUCUAAAGUGACCUACCCUACUAUGCCUUUUACUAGUAGUUAAAUGCUUAGAUAUUUAAAUAGUACUCAGUUGUUGUAUAACAAAAUGCAUUGUAGUGACCAGUCUUUGUAUUCAUUGAGGAUGAAUUUAACUUCCAUUUAAGAAGGUUAAGAAGAAAAAAAAAGUUACUAAUAAACUCGAGGUGUCUUAAAAACCAAACAAAAUAUAGACACAUCUCUGGGAUACAAUUAUAGGAUCAAAAAUGUUCUAGCAACUGCCAAGUACAUUGAGGUUUAUGCCAUAUUCUUUGGGGUUUCCAUAUUCAGGGUCUCUUGUCAGGAUCUCUUGACAACAGAAGGGAAUAGUUUCUUUCUUUGGGCUCAUUUUAAGAAAAUUUGUUUUUCAGAAAAUAAUAAAUAUAUGUUUAAAAAAAU